AUGGCCUCAAUGCUCAUCAAACACUUAACUUUGCCUUCGUCGUUGUUAGUAUUCGUGUUCUUUGCGUUUACAGUCGCAGAUGCGAUGUCUAUCAAGGACAUGUACGCAUUUUGCAAGGAUACAGAUGACGUCAACUUCUGCUUGAAAUACAUUGGAACGGACAUACGUAUCUUAGCCGCACGCGACCUCCAUGAUGUGCUUGUUAUUGCAAUUUCUCAAUGCCAAAUCCAAUUGACCAAGGCAACCAAACAAAUCAACAAAGUUCGCCAAAAGUUUAGUGGUCCGAUUGGGACUCGACGACUCUAUUUUUGCGGAAAGCACUACUGUUUAGCGUCUGCUUUCUUCCAAAAGGCUUAUGAAGAAGCACAAGAAGAAGGGCUCGAGUCCAUAGCUCAGCUUUCUGCAGUGGAUGGCUCACACUAUAUGUUCAAAUGCGAAGAUGAAUGGAAAAAUAAUGGACCGAUACAAAAGUCUCCUUUCACUUUCUAUUAUACAAAUGUUGUCGAAUUGUUAUCAAUCAUUCAGGUUAUUAUCGAAAAGAUGUAUGGCUAG